AUUCAUUCAAAUUUGUCUCCUAACCUAACUUCGAACAGAUAAUGUUUAUCCAAGUAUAACAUCAUGUGACAUCACCACAAAACACCCUGCGUACAUCACCUCCUAUGAGUGAACUAGUGGCUGGGUACAUAACUUAGGACGCACCCAACAAAACGAAGAACAACUAACUCAUAACCUGACAUCCUCACAUUUCUAAUUUUUUGAAUUUAGGUUCUUGGGGGGAAUGGGAAUAUGCAUGGAGAAAGGAACAAUCCAGCUUAAUUGAAUUAAAAUGAUUGGAUUUUAUUAAAAUGAACAUAAUGCUUGUCACCGCGCGAUGGUUUUUCAUUUUUUUGUAUUUCAUAAUUGUUAAAUUAUUUCUAGUUCUCAUAAAUAACCUAGAAUAUAUUGAUUUUUUAUUUUGCUAUGAUUGCACUGAAGAUAUUGAGAAAGAAAAUACCACAUUCGACUAUAUUAUAGUGGGAUGUGGAUCAGCUGGGGCCCUUAUAGCUAGACGACUAUCUGAUGAAAAAAAUGUGACUGUGCUAGUUUUGGAAGCUGGAAAUUAUGGUAAUAAAUUAUUGGACAUUCCCACACUGGGUGUAUUACUACAAAAAACUCAGUUCGAUUGGCAGUAUACCACAAUAUCACAAACGAACUCAUGUUUAGCAUUGAACAAUAAUGCAAGUACUUGGCCAAUGGGAAAGAUUGUUGGAGGAACUGGUAUGCUGAACAAUAUGAUUUAUGUGAGGGGACAUUCAGAAGAUUUCAAUGACUGGUUCAAAAAUAAAGAGGGAUAUUCAUUUGAAAAUGACAUCUUACCUUAUUUCACAAAACUCGAACGGGGGAAUUCUGAAGGUCUCCACCGCGGCUCGAUAUUUUUUGGAAAUCCUACCUUCACUUCUAAACUUGCAAAUGUUAUUCUUGAGGCAGCGAAAACACUUGGUUUUACAAUUUCAUCAAAUACCGAGGAUUGCAAAAUAGGAUUUGGUUUACCGAAAAAGAAUAUACGGAAUGGAGAACGUUGGACACCAUCACACACAUUGAUUCAUUUAAAUAAACCAAAUUUAUUCCUUCGCACCAACAGAGUGGUUGAGAAAGUGAUUUUUCAUGAAAAUUUUGAAGCACGUGGCGUUCAGUACAGAUAUUCAAACAAACAUUAUUUCGCGAAAGCAUCCAAAGGCGUUAUCUUAUCUGCUGGAGUAGUGGGAACGCCUAAAAUACUGUUACUUUCUGGCAUAGGUCCAAAAACGCAUUUGGAUGAAGUGCAUAUCACAUCAAAAAUUAAUCUUCCAGUUGGCGAAAACUUACAGGAUCAUAUUACUACUGGAUUUGAUCUCAUAAUGUUAAAUCAAACCCUCGGCAUCGGCAUUGAACAGAUGUUGUCUCCAUAUUCUGCAUUCAACUACUUUUGGAAUGGUGCUGGACCAUGGACAUUCAGUGGAUGUGAAGUCCUAGCAUUUUGUGAUGUUAAUUUAGAUGUCACUGAUCAAAAUGAUCAUAUUCGCCCUGAUAUUCAAUUAAUGGUUAUGCCUCUAAGCCUUAAUGAAGACAGCGGCGUUCAUUUGCGACAGUUAAUUGGUAUAACUGAUACUACAUGGCAUAAUUAUUUUGCCAAAUGGAACCAUACAGCUAUAACAAUCUUGCCUAUACUUUUACAUCCAAAGAGUAGAGGUACAGUUCGUUUGAAAGACUCUAAUUUUGAGAGUAAACCUCUCAUUGAUCCAAAUUAUUUGAGCCAUCAGGAUGAUAUUGAUGUUCUUCUGAAAGGUAUCGAACUGAUUAAAAAGAUAGCAAACACCAAGGAAAUGAAAAUGUUAGGUGCCAAGCUUAAUGAAAAUGUGAUUCCUGGGUGUAACGAUUAUACCUUUGGAACAAACUUGUAUUGGGAAUGUUACAUCAGACACCUGACAAUAACUACCUACCAUCCUGUUGGUACAUGCAAAAUGGGGCGUGAAGAGGAUUCAACAACUGUUGUAAAUUAUGAGUUUGAAGUCAAAGGGACCAAUAAUUUAUUCAUUGUAGAUGGAUCAAUUCUACCUAGCUUGCCUAGUGGAAAUGUUAAUGGUGCCAUUUUAACGUUAGCUGAAAUGGCAAGUGAUAGACUGAAACUGAGACACUUUCUGAGUGUUGGAAAGUGUAGAAAUUUAGAAAUAUUCCUGAAACCAUCUUUUUGUCAUACGUAUUAAGACAAACACUUUUGUAAAUUAUUAUUUUAUUUCAUAUCUUUUCAACUAAUGAAAAACUUAAAAUUAUAAACGCAAUACUGCUUCAA